AUGCCGUGGGCGAAGUCUUUGCUGGUGAGCCUGUCUCAGAGGAAGCCCCUGGAGCCAGAGGGGGAGCAGUCCACGUUUAACCGAUGCCUGACCACCCUGGACCUGGUGGCCCUCGGUGUGGGCAGCACCCUGGGGGCCGGGGUCUACGUCCUGUCUGGAGAGGUGGCCAGAGACUCUGCUGGACCCAGCAUCAUCAUCUCCUUCUUCAUCGCCGCUGUGGCCUCCAUAUUCGCCGGGCUGUGCUAUGCAGAGUUUGGGUCGCGGGUUCCCAAAACAGGCUCUGCAUACCUUUACAGCUAUGUGACUGUGGGAGAGCUGCUGGCUUUUAUCACUGGGUGGAAUCUGUUACUCUCCUACGUCAUAGGGACAUCCAGUGUUGCACUGGCAUGGAGUGGGACAUUCGAUGACCUCAUAGGGGGCGUCAUAUCGGAAUUCUUUGAAAGAAAUGUGCCCAUGAAUCUUGUUGGCCUUGCACCUUACCCAGAUGUCUUUGCUGCUGUUCUCGUCCUGCUACUGUCAGGUGUGCUGGCAUUCGGAGUGAAAGAGUCAACAACAAUCAACAAGAUCUUCACACUAAUCAACAUCCUGGUGCUGGUGUUUGUGGCCAUCUCUGGAUUUAUCAAAGGGGACCUUUCCAACUGGAGAAUCAGUGAGGAGGCUCUGAUAAACGCCACAGCAGAAUUCAAAAAUUUGAGCUCGACUGCCAAUCUGACAAGUGUGUACGGAGUGGGUGGAUUUUUCCCCUAUGGCAUCAGUGGAACGGUGGCCGGCGCCGCAACAUGCUUCUACGCUUUUGUUGGAUUUGACUGCAUUGCUACAACAGGUGAGGAGGUGAAGGACCCCCAGAAGUCUGUCCCAGUGGGCAUUGUGGCCUCACUACUCAUCUGUUUCCUGGCCUACUUUGCUGUGUCUGCUGCUCUUACCCUGAUGAUGCCCUACUACCUGCUCAGUGAAAAAAGCCCCCUUCCAGUGGCUUUUGAUUACAUCGGCUGGGCUCCUGCCAAAUACGUUGUGGCUGUGGGAUCGCUGUGUGCCCUAUCCACCAGCCUGCUGGGCUCGAUGUUCCCAAUGCCCCGGGUACUAUUCGCCAUGGCAAGAGACGGCCUGCUUUUCCAACCUCUGACUAAAGUCACUUCCAAGGGCAGUCCUGCCAUAGCUACCAUAUCGUCUGGAAUUGUGGCAGCCAUCAUGGCUCUGCUGUUUGACCUGGAAGCCUUGGUGGAAAUGAUGUCCAUCGGCACUUUGUUUGCUUACACACUCGUAGCCAUAUGCAUCUUAAUACUGAGGUACCAAGAGGGUCAUUCUGAAGACACAGACCUACAGAUCAAAGAAUCAAACACCAAGUUUUCCCUCUUGAGGCCUCCGUCAACUCCCAAUUCAUCCACCUCAAGGAGAGUCACAAUCUUGACUAUAAUCUCUGUUGCAUGUUUGAUUGCACUGUGUGUCACCCUGACCCAAGCCUUAGAUGCUCUGUCCCGUAUGGAAACCUGGAGUCUGGUGGUUGUCUGCGUCCUCGCCUUCAUCGUGUUGCAAAACACUUUCCUCAUCUGGAGACACCCACAGAAUACUACCAAGGCAUCUUUCAUGGUGCCCUUUCUCCCUGCUCUGCCGUUAGUGAGCACAUUCAUCAACGUCUACCUGAUGGUCCAGUUAGGUGCAGAAACAUGGAUACGAUAUGCUAUUUGGAUGUUAGUGGGGUUAAUCAUCUAUUUUGGCUAUGGUGUCCGUAACAGUGUUCAGAGGCAGCGCCGUAGGGCCAACAAGAAGAAGAUCAUAACCAUCAGCGGCAAUACAGAUAUGGACAUCAUUAAAGAGGAAAAAUUCUGAGCUCAUCUGGAGAGAAAUAGAUUGAGAUGUUACAGUGUGUAACCGCUUUAAGUUUGUAACUAUUGUUUUACAUGCAGCUCUGCUGAUCUGUUCCUGCAGCCUUUAAUAUUG